AUGUCACCUCCGCAAGAACUAUCAGGCUCCUCUAAACCUGAAGAACCUCUGCUUGCCACAAAAGAGGCAGCCGUCAAGACGCAACAAGCCCCGCCGCCCCUCCCGGACACCGUCACCCCGGAUGAGGAGGAUAUCGACCAGUUCCUGGACGAAUUUGAUUCUGGCGUCCAGAACGUCGUCAUUGCGGACGAGGCAAAAAACCGCGAACGGAAGCGGCUGGAGCAGGAGGUCAACGACAAGGAAGACGAACUCAACGCCAUCAAAAACGCCCCCAAGCCUGAUACCACCUAUGAGGUAUUCGACGACAAUGACGAGCCUGAAACCCUCGGGGACGAGGUCGUAGCAGAGGCCGAGCUUGCUUCAGCCAAAAUGGCCGACCUCGUCCAGGCCAAGAAGGAGCUGACGGAAGAGGUGGCAGCCGAGAAGGCUAAGAUCGCCGAGAUGGAGGAGACUGAAAAGAGUUUGAGGUCGGAGCUGAAGAAAACGAAGGAGGAUAAGGAAGACGCGGAGAAGAACCUGGCGGUGACGAAGAAGAAACUUUUGGAUCAGAUCGAGAAGUUUACUACUCUGCAACAUGAACGUAACGCGAUGGAGAAGGCGUUCAAGGAGUACGUACUGGGGUCGAAGCGGAAGAUUAGUGGACUCAUGGACAGACUCAAGACGACCAAGGACAUCCUGGCCAGGAUGAACCGCCCUUAG